AGGUUUCAAUUCCUUUGGAUAACAACGCGAAUUCACGAGCGCAGUCACGCGAACGUAACAACACUACGCGAAUCAAUUUUGCCGGUGGGCAUUGACAAUCAGACCGACAAUUUUCAAACGAUCGUGUUGAAAAACUUGAAUCGACGGGUCAUCCUCAUGGUUUGAUUAUUUCAAUAAUACAGGGAAUCCCCAUUCUUAUUAUUCAGCGGCACAGCCUCUGUGGACGUUCGCUCUAAUUAAUUUGUUCGUAAUUGUUGUUAUUCCGUGAGUCAAUAAAUUAAUGAUAACCAUAUGUUUGAAGUACUCUCAGUCGAAGUUGUGUUACGCACUUGACUUUUCAUUUUAGUGUUAGUGCCUCAUAUUAUACAUUUUUUGCUUUAUUUUUUUUUUACAUCGUCUGGGUGGGGAUGAAAGGAAACUGAGAGUGUCUCUGCGGUUCUACCGUUUGGGUUCUGCCAAGAAAUGCCUCCGGGACUGUAUCUUUAAGUAAGAUCUCAUCAGUCGCAUGCAGGUACUUGAAGGUUAAACAACUGGUGAACAACUAGAGUGAACCCGAUUACACCACGAAUGUGCCAUAAGUGUUGGUGUAUUCAAGAUGGAGUUGCAAGCGAAUCCCACGACAGUUACCGCUGAGAAACACUCGAAACUGCGAGAGACUGCAUUCGAGGGAUCGAAAAUUAGUGUCAAUGGUGAUAACUAUGGAGUAUUUCGAUCGAAUGAUCCUAUUCUCGCAAUCACCAAUCGCAGAACCAGUACAAGAUCGCAACCGGAUCACAUUACGGCGGAUCAUCCCACGUCGUAUUGCGAAACGAUGAUGCACUUGUUCAAAGGAAAUGUUGGUUCAGGAAUUUUUGCACUUGGUGAUGCGUUUAAAAAUGCCGGAUUGUUGCUUGCACCACCGCUCACUAUAUUCCUCGGAAUCAUCUGUGUACAUGCCCAGCAUAUACUCCUUAAUUGCAAUGAUGAGGUGAUUAAGCGCCUCGGUGAUUCGGCAAAGCAGGAGGCGCUUGGCUAUGCGGGCACCGUGGAGAUGUGUUUCGAAAUUGGCCCACUACGGUUACGAAAGUAUUCAGUAUUAAUGAGAAAGAUGGUAAAUCUAUUUGUGUGUGUAACGCAGCUCGGAUUUUGCUGUGUUUAUUUUGUCUUCAUAUCGACUAAUAUGCAGCAGGUAUUGGAUCAGUACGGGUUUCAUGUCAGCGUUGGAUGGCACAUGGCUAUUGCACUGGUGCCCAUUCUUAUGAGCACUUGGAUUAGGAGUUUAAAAUUUCUAACACCUUUGUCGUCUAUCGCUAAUUUGCUGGUUGUAUUCGGUUACAUUGCCACUGUUUAUAUAAUAUGCAAUGGCCUGCCGCCUUUGAGCGAGAGAAAUUAUGUCGCUAGUUGGAAUCAACUACCUCUGUUCUUCGGCACUGUGAUUUAUUCCUUCGAAGGUAUUACUUUGGUACUGCCACUGAAAAAUGAAAUGAGAAAACCAACGCAAUUCAAUAGUCCCCUUGGAGUAUUAAACACUGGAAUGGUAAUAGUUGGUGUGAUGUUUGUUGUCAUGGGCUUUUUGGCUUACCUUCAGUAUGGAGAGGAAGUGCGCGGCUCGGUUACCCUUAAUCUCAAUUCUAAAGAGAUAUUACCACAGUGUAUCAAGAUCGCUAUAUCCCUAUGUAUUAUGCUCUCGUAUGCUCUGCAAUUCUACGUACCAAUAGCCAUAAUUUGGCCCAAAUUAAUCGACAGAUUUGGGGAUUUUCGGUGUCCCGUUUUAGUUGAAAUGUGCUUCCGGUCUGUUUUGUGUCUUCUCACAUUUGUGCUAGCCGAAGCCAUCCCAAAUCUAGGCAAUUUUAUAUCACUAGUUGGUGCAGUGAGUAGUACAGCCUUGGCCCUGCUCUUUCCUCCCAUCAUCGAAUUAGUAGUCUGCGCAGGCAAUAAUACUCUCGGCCCCGUCAAAAUGAUGAAAAACGUCUUCAUCCUCCUGAUUGGAAUUCUCGGAUUUCUAACUGGCACAUACGAGAGUCUCACAAAGAUCAUCGAUUCAUUCAGUGAAUCAACUAACAGCACAAGCCCACUUAAUGCCAGCCCACAUAAUGCAACAGCUCAGAUUAUAACACUAACCGGUAAUAUCACAAACUUUAGUCAUUACUGAAAAAGACCCUAGAUAUCUAGUCCAACAAAGACAACAGAACGUUUUACCUAAUUACUGUAUUUCAUAAGUGUUAAGUAAUGUGAUAAAGUCUUCAGUCGCAAAGAGAUGUUUUUCGAUUCGUAUAUUUAGAUAUGUACAGUUAUAAAAGUAAAUACCGUACAGUAACUUAUUUAUUCUUACGUAUAAUGAAUUUUAUAGAAACAACGUAUGUUAUUACGAAUCAUGAAUAAAGAGAAUGAUGAAACUGA